AUGUUAUUUGGAGAUUUAGAUAAGAAGCAGUGGGCUAAGUUUGUGUGGGAAAGAUCUAAUAUUCCAAAACAUAGAUUCAUUUUUAGGUUGGCAAUACAAAACAGGGUGAAGAUAAGAGAUAGGCCGAAGAAGAUUGGUAUAGUUGAUAAUACUGAGUUCAUGUUGUAUGGUGAUCAGGAAGAAACUACCCAACAUAUUUUCUUUGAUUGCAAGUACAACGCAAGAUGCUUAAACCUUGUCAAAAGCUGGCUGAAUUGGAAUGCUCAAAUAAUCAACUUGCAGGAUGUUCUUAGAUGGCUUGAUAGGGCCAAGAUAAAAAGAUUCAAGCGCUCGGUUUAUACACCCACAAUUGCUGCUAUGGUGUACCAUAUUUGGAUGUAUCAAAAUGAUGUGCUAAGGAAUAGUAAGCUUCAGAUUCCGAAAAAAACUGUCUAG